AUGAGAGCAACUCCAUUCCACCAUUCCAUCCUCGAGGUCCAGCUACCAAAGCAUUUUGAUAAGCCGACGGACAUGAGGUACGAUGGAACUCAAGAUCCACAUGAGCAUCUGACGGCCUUUGAGGCCAUAAUGAAUUUGGAGGGAGUAGGUGACGAAGUCAGGUGUCGUUCUUUCCCGGUCACCCUGGCAGGACCUGCAAUAAGGUGGUUUAAUAGCCUCCCGCAAGGUUCUAUCUCCAGGUUCUUGGAUAUCAGCCGCGCCUUCUUAGCCCAAUUCACCACCCGAAUCGCAAAGACGAAACACCCGAUCAACUUACUCGGGGUGACACAAAGGGCAAGCGAGCCGACCAGAAAAAACUUGGAUCGCUUCAACGAUGAGUGUUUGGAGAUUGAUGGCCUAACCGACUCGGUGGCCAGUUUGUGUUUGACGAACGGACUUCUGAAUGAGGAUUUCAGGAAGCAUCUCACAACGAAGCCGGUGUGGACGAUGCAGGAGAUCCAAAGCGUCGCGAAGGAAUAUAUCAACGAUGAAGAAGUCAGUCAAGUCGUGGCUGCCAACAAGCGGCAUCCCUAUUACCAUCAACCUCGGCAGCACGGUGGCAGAGAAAGGCAGAAGGAGCGCGCCAGGGACGGCGGUCCAGGCAAGACAUCCGGGCCGUUUACUCGAGUCGGGAAGUUCACCAAUUAUACCCCCUCGCCAUCCCCAUUAUAG